AAACUAUAUAAUCACAUUCUUAAUGCGUAAAGUGACCACCACAUCUCCAUUUCCAAAAUCCUCCACAUCCAUCCUCUGAUUCUCCACUCCCUCUCCUCUCGGGAAAGAAGAAACUGCUUUUUUAAGCUUUUUCUUCUUUUCCCUGUUUCUUCACUAUAUUCCUUCUUUACAAACAAGGAAGAGAGCGUAGUACUAGGGUUUCGUAGCAAUGGAUUCCAACAAGUCACAAGGGAAGUUCCUUUUUGGAAGACAGUCAUCAAUGGCCCCAGAACGAGAUGAUGAUUCUUCGAAUUCACUUGAGGAUUUAGCACCUAGUCCUUCUGAGAUCGAAGAGGGUGUCAGGUUAAUGUUCUUGGCUAAUGAAGGGGAUUUGGAAGGGAUCACUGAAAUGUUGGAUUCUGGAGUUGAUGUAAAUUUUAAGGAUAUUGAUUCAAGAACUCCUCUUCAUAUCGCUUCUUGUCAAGGUCUCACCGAUGUUGUUAAGUUAUUGCUAGAACGUGGCGCCGAGGUUGGUCCUAAAGAUCGUUGGGGCAGCACUCCACUUGCCGAUGCAAUACAUUACAAAAACCAAGAUGUAAUCAAGCUUUUGGAGAAACACGGUGCAAAGUAUUCAAGGACUCCUAUGCAUGUCCAAAAUGAUCGUGAAAUCCCUGAAUAUGAGAUCAAUCCUCGUGAGAUUGACUUUUCCAACAGCAUUGACAUUACCAAGGGUACAUUUCGCAUGGCAUCGUGGCGCGGGAUUGACGUUGCUGUUAAAACACUAGGGGAUGAUGUUUUAUUGGAUGAAGAAAAAGUAAAGGCAUUUACGGACGAGCUAGCGUUACUCCAAAAGAUACGUCAUCCGAAUGUUGUACAAUUCUUGGGUGCUGUGACACAAAGUAGCCCAAUGAUGAUCAUUACAGAGUACUUGCCCAAGGGGGAUCUUCACGCUUUUCUGAAACGUAAAGGUGCACUGAAGCCGUUAACUACUGUGAAAUUUGCUCUUGAUAUUGCAAGGGGAAUGAAUUAUUUGCAUGAGAAUAGACCAGCCAUUAUCCACCGAGAUCUUGAGCCAUCAAAUAUACUACGGGAUAUUUCAGGGCAUUUAAAAGUAGCAGAUUUUGGUGUGAGCAAGUUGCUGAAAGUGUCAAAGACAGUUAGGGAACAUGGGCCUCUGUCGUGUCAAGAAACUUCAUGGAGAUAUGUGGCUCCAGAGGUUUUUAAGAAUGAGGAAUAUGACACAAAAGUUGACGUCUUUUCUUUUUCCUUGAUUGUCCAAGAAAUGAUUGAAGGAUAUCCUCCCUUUGUGUCAAAGAGCGAAGAGGAAGCUGCAAAGGCAUAUAGUUCAAAUGAACGGCCACCUUUUGGAGCUCCAGCAAAAUACUAUGCUCAUGGAUUACAAGAGUCACUAAUAUAUUUGGUGCUUGGUUGUCCAGCAGAGCAGAAGCAUGAUAAAUCUCUCUUGAUAUUUGGUAAGUCAAUGUGUCAUUUACUGUGCUUGAUUUAUUUUCUUUUUUUUUUUUGUAGAUUAAUUGACGACUGCUGGAAUCAUGAGCCAUUCAACAGGCCAACAUUCAGACAAAUAAUAAGUAGAUUGGAGAGCAUCGAGAAAGUACUGGAACGUAAGAGACGCUUGAAGUCUGGACCUUUUGGAUGCUUUCGGCUCCUGGAGAAGAUGAGAAAGAGAGGACAUACUAACUCAGAUUCAUCUACCUCAAUUGUCAGAUGACUUUGAUCAUAUAUAAUGUAAAAUAUGCCCAUAGGAAUCGUGUUUUUCGCAUCAGAUAUGCUUACUCUAAUUGUGGCCUGCAUGUCGUGUGGCCUCGUGGAUGCAUUUGUGGUAUCCAUAGUAAAUGUAGUUUGCUCAAUGAGUGCAAAGAGGCUGUUCUGAAAAUUUAGGUAUAUGUCUGAAUAGUGUGUGUGAUCUUACUGUUUAGUUCUUACGUUGUUGAAUUGAGUUCCUUGUACAGUUCAGGCAUCCAUGUAAUUAUCCCCAUCGGCACUUGCGUUAGUGGUGACUAAUCUUAGCUGACUUUUUUUUUAUUUGUUGAAUUUUAUUUGUGUUGUACUCUUAUUAUCCAUUUGGUUUCGCAACACUUGACCUUAUAAUCUCACAUGUUUGUGGAGGAAUGUAAAUUCAAAGAAAGUAUUUACGUUUUGAUAA